AUGAAGUACCUCUCCAUUGUCGCUGCAUCCCUUGCAGCCAUCCUUCCCUCCGUCAGCGCCUACCCCAUCACCGGCGACGGCGUCAACUGCCGCUCCGGUCCCGGCACCAAUUACCCCGUGGUCAAGUCGUACCCCAAGGGCCACGAGGUCUCCAUCGUCUGCCAAGCCCCCGGCACCGACAUCAAAGGUGACAAGCUCUGGGACAAGACCUCCGACGGCUGCUACGUCGCCGAUUACUACGUCAAGACCGGCACCACCAACUACGUCGCCAAGCACUGCGAUAGCGGUAGCGGCUCCGGCGGCGGCGGCGGCUCCUCGGGCAGCGGCUCCGGCAAGGCCAUCGUCGCCGCAGCCCAGAAGGAGAAGGGACUCCCCUACGUCUGGGGCGGCGGUGGCUGCAAGGGACCCUCUGGCGGUGGUUUCGACUGCUCCGGGUUGACCCAGUACGCCGUCUGCCAGGCGCUGAAGAAGACCAUCCCCCGCACGGCGCAGACGCAGUACAACUCGAACAUGGGCAAGCGGAUUCCGCGCGCACAGGCCAAGGAGGGCGAUCUGCUCUUCUGGGCUACUGGCGGUGACUGCAAGAACAAGGUUGUCCACGUUGGUAUCUUCAUCCGGGACGGAUGGAUGAUCAAUGCUGCGAAGACGGGUACCCCUGUUAGGGAACAGUCGAUCUGGACUUCUUAUGGAGGAAUUUCGAUCUGCCCUUAUGUCAUGAGGUAUGUGGGUUUUUCUUCGGCACUGUGGAUUGAGCUAAUGAUUAUGCAGAUUCUGGUAGAAGAGUUCUCGAACCUAUUGCAUGGGAUUGAGCGGACAUACUUUGGCAGUUUUGCCUUUCUUUUGAUUUCUCCUCGACUGGGCUAUACAGUCAACUGCUUGCCUACUUCGCACUGUACAAAUUUUCUUCAAUUCGAUAUAGACGAACUAAUCGGUCUUUUGUUGUUUCAUUAUGCGUUUAAAAACAAGGAACCUUUCUCAGACUAUCAGACCUGUUGCUUGAUUCACGAUGUCUGGGGGUUGCGUUGCGAGCAUUCUCGGCCACGGCACACUUCUGCUACAGUACAAAGCAACAUAACAUAA